AUGAAUGAAUCAAACGAUGUCCAGGCUUUGGAGAAAAUAUCUUCCGAAGUAGAUGAAUCUCAAUUUAAAAUAAUACUAACAAAUCAGUGUAUUAAGGCUCAAGAGUUUUUAGUUCAAAAACUACGCAGGCAAUCUGAACAAACUAGACAAAUAUGUAAUUUUAUAAGUAACGGCAAUUUGAAAUUGGAAAAAGAAAUAAGACUUGGGGAGCAAGAAAUAAAAAGCUUACGUAGUGCUCUUGAAACAAUAAAAUCCUCAAAUAUUGAGUUAGAAAAAGAGCUACUGCUGAUUAAGGAAGAUAAAAUUGAUUUGAUAGAAAGAGUCAAUAACGGAAUUAAGAAAUAUGAAGAACUUUGGCUCACGUCCAAAAAGAAAUAUGACAAUAUACCAUUUAUUAAGAAACAACAGCUCACCAUUAAUAGAAGGAAGAAUCUUGAGGAUACUGUAGUUUACCUUGAUAAUGAAAUACAACAUUUGUUGAGAGUGUUUGAGGAAAGAAAGAAGGAAUUAGCAAAUAUCGACAGACAAAAUGUCGUAUGUAUUGCAAGAUACAUGGUUGAGGAACGACCAGAAGUCUUACGCUCUCUCACAGAGAAGACAGAAGAAGUAAAUAAUUUAAUGAAUGAAAUAAAAGACCUUCAGAAUGAGCGAAAUUUCAAUUUUCCAAACACAAAUUAUGCUAAAGUUUUAGAAGCAAUAACCAAGACUGAAACUAUUUUAGUUGAAAAGAACCAUUCAGAUGAUAAUAAUGAAGAUGCAAUGCUGUUACCAAAGCUGCAGCUUCAGAAUACUGAUUUAGAUAUGCUUAUGGAUAAAUUGGAACAGGUCAAGAAGGCUGAUAGUAUGUUGAUUAAAAGAUCUGAUUCUAUUACAAUACAAAUUGAAAAACAUCCAAAUAAGCAUGAACAAGAAGAUAUUAAUAAUAUAUAUGUGUCAUCAUAUUUUAAAAAUUUCAAUGAUAUAAAUGAGGUAGAAAAAGAUAAACCUCAGACGAUCAAUUAUACAGAUAGGAAGUUGAUUCACAUUAUAGAAGAUAUUCAAUUGCAUAAGAAAGAUUCUUAUAAUAUAUUUUCAAAGUUAAAUCCAAAUGAAUUACGCAUUGUUGAUGCCAUCCCAGCAAGUAUUGAUACAAAUAAAAGUAAUCAAUUGGUAGAAAAGGUUGAUGAAGAGGCUGUAACAGAGGUUAUUGAAGAAACCGACUUAACAAAUAAGGAUUCUAACAUCAUAAUACCUCCUACACAAUUUCUAGACUUCUCUCAGAACUCUCAAGAAAAAAGAGUAUCAUUCAGUACUGUUGUGUCCGUUCAAGAAGUUGACAAUAUUAAUAAGUCACAGGAAGAUAUUGUUGACGAAAAUAUGAAUGCUGAACUUAACACAAGUGUCGCCAGUGACAAUAGUUACCAGAAAAUAAAAGAAAAUAUCUUCAAGAAACACAACAUAGCCUUGUCACCUGAAUUUAUAUAUACAAAAAAUCCAAAAAUAUCUGAUACAAAACCACAGUUUUGUGAUGAAAAUAAUAUGUCCGAUAACCCACCUCAAAUAAAGGAUGUAUGUCAGAAUAUGAAUUCUGAAGUGGAAAUGGGCGCUAGUGAUGAUGUAGUGAGUAAACAGGAACAAACUGUCGCUGGUUUUUUAUUCACACAUGGUGCAAAAGGUAUACCAGAUUCAUUGAAUGUUUCAAUGGCUUCCACUUGUGUUGAGGAUGUAGACAACGAAUUUCCUCAUUGCUUUGAUUCCAGCUUACUUUUGUCACCAAAGGCCGAUACCAAAAUGCCAGAGAAUAUUGAUAAUAAUACUGUAGCCCUUUCGCAGGAAGUUCCAAACUUCUUAUCAGGUAUGAAACAAUAG